AUGGCACAAACUCUUACUGACAUGCUUCACAACAGAGAGGAUGACGCCAACAAUGGCUUCGAUUCCGAUACUCCCCGCUCCGGUGUCGCGACUCCCCAACCCGAUCCCUCGGACAAGCGGUUGCCGGGAAUUAUACACAGUUACUUUGGACAGAGCAUUCCUCCCUCUCCAACUCGUGCGCUUUCCAACCAGACCGUCAAGUCGGAUGUUAGCGGUGGAUCAGACCCGGCGAAUGGACACCAUCCGAAAGAAGUCACACCGGCUACGUCUGUGUCGUCGGGAUCACCCGGAGUACAAGCUCCAGCACCAAAGGGGAAGCUUACCGUCAAGAUCACCGAAGCUCGGGGAUUGAGAAAGAGCAGAGAUCCGUAUGUUGUAGCUGUCUUCCAGAGAAAUGAGCUUGUCUCCAAGGGCCCCAUUCGUCAGCAAGACGACGAAGACGAAGAUGCCACGAGUAGCCCCAUGGGCGGAAUCCCUAUCUCUCGCACGGGUAGCGAUUCCGGUCGACCAAUGGCAAUCCCCAUGAAGAGCAGACAAAGCAGCAACACCAGCACUACCGAGUACCACGACUUCAAGAGCAAGGUCCGGAGAUCAAUGACCAACCCCAAAUGGGAUACCGAGGCUGUCUUUGAUGUCGUUGGAUCAGACUCGCGCAUCAAUCUCACUAUCUAUGAGAGAAGCAGUGCUGCAGAGGAGUUCCUGGGCCACGUUGAUCUGGAAGCGAGUCUAACCGAGGGCGAUAACUCGCCGAUUCAAGGUUGGUUCCCACUUCGAGGCCGAAACGACACCGAUUCCGGUCUCCCAGGAGAGAUAUACGUUGAAGUCACGUUUCAACGAACAGAGAAGAAACACUACGGGCCGGAGGAUUUCCAAAUCCUGAAGCUAAUCGGAAAGGGGACUUUUGGUCAAGUUUACCAAGUCCGAAAGAAAGACACGAAGAGAAUUUACGCCAUGAAGGUUCUCCAGAAGAAGGUCAUUGUUCAGAAGAAGGAGGUCGCCCACACAGUGGGAGAGCGAAACAUACUUGUCAGAACUGCCAUGGCCGAUUCCCCGUUCAUCGUCGGUCUCAAGUUCUCGUUCCAGACACCGACAGAUCUUUACUUGGUCACAGAUUACAUGUCGGGUGGCGAGCUGUUCUGGCAUCUGCAGAAGGAAGGACGAUUUGACGAGAAGCGAGCAAAGUUCUAUAUAGCUGAGCUUAUCAUGGCCCUUCAACACCUCCACAUGCACGACAUUGUCUACCGGGAUUUGAAGCCAGAGAAUAUUCUGCUGGAUGCCAACGGCCAUAUCGCUCUUUGCGAUUUUGGCUUGUCGAAGGCCAACCUGACCAAAAACGCUACGACCAACACAUUCUGCGGUACGACCGAGUACCUAGCUCCCGAAGUCCUGUUGGACGAAGCCGGAUAUACCAAGAUGGUCGACUUCUGGUCUCUUGGAGUUCUAGUAUUCGAAAUGUGCUGCGGUUGGAGCCCCUUCUACGCCGAGGAUACUCAGCAAAUGUACAAGAACAUUGCCUUUGGUAAGGUUCGAUUCCCCAGGGAAACUCUCACCGUCGAGGGUCGAAACUUCGUCAAGGGCCUUUUAAAUCGAAACCCCAAGCACCGCCUAGGAGCAACGGACGAUGCUGAGGAGCUCAAGAGGCACCCUUUCUUUGCUGAUAUCGAUUGGGUUGCUCUAACCAAGAAGUUGAUUACGCCUCCUUUUAAGCCAAAGCUCAAGUCGGAGACAGAUACCUCCAAUUUUGACCCUGAGUUCACCAAUGCUCUCAAUGGUGCUUCCUCUCUCAACGCUCGUGCUGCCGCUCUAGCGGCUGGCGUCGCCACUUCUACUCCUCUGUCUCCCGGAAUGCAAGCAAACUUCAAAGGCUUUACUUUUGUUGACGAAAGUUCAAUAGAAGAGCAUAUGCAAGCUAGAGGCGCCAAGUACCAAUUUGACGACAUGGACGAAGACGAGAAGCAAGAGCAAGAGGACCCCUUCGGCAGCGACCGUCGUGGCUCUCGGAUGAGCGGUAUCGUCAAGACCAAUACUAAUGAGGACAGUAGUAUGUUCAACGGUGGACAUUUCGACAUGUAA